CAACAACAAGCCACCAGUGCCAGGAGUCAAACUCAUCGGAUACGUCGACGACCGCCAAGCACAUCUUCCACCAGGUUUUGCUAGAACAUGCAGGCCACAUCCACUGUAACGAAUUGGAUUCAGGAACGAUUCUCCCAAAAAGGGAUUGAGCUCAGUCUCCCGAAAUCCAAAGUUCUUUUCCCGGAAGGUCUUUGCAUGUCCUCUUUGACAAACGACGAACAGCAACAAUUGACGAAAAUUGGUCUGUCAGUUGCUGAAGGUGGCAUGCCAGUUGUCGGGAUCCCAGUAGGAACAGAAGAGUUCCAGAGGAAUUUCGUUUCCAAAAUCGCCCGUGGUGACCCGGCGGAAUUGAUACUCCGCCUAGCAACGCUUGACGACCCUCAAGCCAGCUAUCAACUGCUGCGUUUAUCUGGUGUGCCACGUUUGUUCCAUCUGCUGAGGACGAUUGCACCGUCUAUCACCAACUCUGCCGCAAAAAUACAUGAUAACAUGAUGAUGUGGACAAUGAGGAAGAUCGUCCUUGGCAAGAUGGCCAACAGCAUGAGAAUAUCAACAGUCAAAGAAGAACGCGCAGACCCGACGAAGAGCGAAGAGGUAGAUUCCUUCAAUGCAACAGCUCGGGCGCAGGUGCACCUUCCCAUGCGUGAAGGAGGACUAGGAAUCACGAGCAAUGUUCUCAUUCGAGAAUCGGCUUUUGUGGCAGGGCAAGCGCUGGUGUUCUCCAAGUCAGUGCAAGCAUCGACAGGAUACACAGUUGAGCAAUGUCUACCCCGGCUUGCCCAGCUACCGACAGGGUUGGCUCUGAUUGACUCGCUGAAGAAGCUAGAGGAAAUAAUCACCAAAGACAAGCUUGAAAAAGCUGUUGGGCAGUCAUGGGCUAAACUUGCCACAAGUGAUGAGUUAACCCCCGCCCUCAAAGGAGUUUACUUGUUGGAAGCAGGGAAGGCGGGAAAACCCCGUGAAGAUGGAAACCCUGACGUAGAACAUCAACCACCGUCUACCUUCAGCCGAAAUGAAUUUGGUCAACACUACCAAGUCUUUGGAGCCCAAGCUCUCCAUUUUGAAACUCUUCAUGCAGCAGUGCGUCACAUGGUGGAGACAGACUUGCAGAAAGUAGUAGGCGAGGAAACGCCAAAGAAGAGGGCGUUGAUCCGCUUGGAGGAAGCGAAAGGCAAGGGAGUUUUGUCGUGGUUGACAACGCAAGGGUUGUCAGCAGAUGAAAGAAUGCUGCCUGAUCUAUAUCGAGAGUCAAUCGGUCGUGUACUGGGGAGUCACGAUCGAGCAGACUGCAACACAGGCAAACUUUGUGGUGCAGGUGCAUUGUUACCAUGCAAGGACCGCUUGAGCCGAGCCCACUCCCUCGUCUGCACCAAGACCGGCGCCUCAACCUUCCUCCAUAACAGGAUGGUUCGAGUGGUCCUCAAGACACUGCGCGAGUGCCAUAUGCCCAUCGCCGUUGAGGAUUCUUCCCCUUUUACCACAGGCACUGGUAGGGGAAAGGGGCUAUACAAGAUGGAUUUGGUAAUUCCCCCAGGGUUACACGCAGGAGAGGAGGAAGGGGAACUCUGCACCAAGUCCAUUCUCAUAGACGUAUUAAUCGUCAACCCAUCCGCAGGCCGAAGCAUCGACAAGUCGAUCCUUAAGCCAGGAUCCGCCCUCGAAGAUCGAGCUGCAAGUAAGGCAAAUCACUAUGCGGGAACUUUCAACCCGUCUAGAUCUACCCUCCUUACUGCUGCUUUUUCAACGAAUGGUGGUCUUGGCAAAGGCACCAAUCGACUCAUCGUUGCUAUCGCCAACCACAUGGCGCACGAAGCUUUUUGCCGGGGGAAUUUUGAAGGCGAAAGAGCGUUAGUUCGCCUGAAAGCUUUUCAUACGAAGAGGAUUCGGAGACGGUUUACCUUCGAGCUAGCUCGUUUUCUGUCGAUGCGAACUCGCGAUGUGUUCAAACGUCAUGGGCUACUGAUCGACCAACUUCCACCAGGGCCAAUCGGUUGGGAUCUCUGCGACAACGAUAGUAGUGAGGGUAAUUAUUUGGGAGUGACGAAGACGAAGGAAAGGGAAAGGGAAGAAAGGAGGACGAAGACGACGAUGGAGCAGGAGAACAUGGAGGAGUGGAAGAGAGCAAAGGUGGUACAGAGGUACGGGCCGAUUGGAGAUGCUGAGUAUGGGGAUAGUCGUGCUGCCUUCGUAGCGCUAGAGAAGAAGUACAAGGUGGCGGGUCCGUAUCGGAUGAAGCAGCUGCACGCCCAACUGGCAUCCGUCGCCGUCACAACAAGCGACGAAUAUUUUGAUCCGUCGCGCGCGAUCCAGGAGUUGCGCCACAUUUCUACCGAGUUGGGUUCUCUCGGCGAUAUUGUCGUCGACUCGCGGCUGUCCAACGCUUUGCAUGACGCUCUCCCGGACAGCCAUUACAGCAAACUGAAGACUGCGUUGCUGUGUGAGUCGCAGAGGUCGGCUGAGGGGCGGAAAAUGCGCAAGGCGGACGCGGCAAUGGUCGCGGUAGCCAAGCUUCCGGUGGAAACGGUCGAGGAUGGGGCCGAGACAAUGGAGGCGGAAGAAGCCAAGGAACAGGCUUCUCAUGUCACGCAGGAGUCGACCACGCAGGCGCGGUUUACGUGGAUCGAGGGACCCAGCAGCCAGCUGGAGGACUUCGCGAUUGUUAUCGGAGAUGACACGCAGGUUCAGGCGGAGCCUGAUGACUACAUGCGAGUGCAGAAUGCACGUGUUGCGGCGCUGCUGGAAACGCGCGCCGCCGUAGGCGCAGAAGGUGCCUGGUGCGGCGCAGCUAGGGAGCGCGCAGCUGGAGUUGUGCAGGUGCAGGAUGUGCCUGCUGCGGUGCUGCGUGAUGAGCGCACCGCUGGUGAUGUGCCGGUCAGGCGGCGCUUGUGGCAACGACUCACCUUCAGGCGGAGGAGGCGCCUGAUGGGACAGAGUAAUCUAUGUCGCGUAGACUACACCAACGUGUUUCAAGUGGAACAGGUGAAUCCCCCCGCUGUUGGAGACAAGACUGUAUACAUCGAUUCUGCCGCUUCUAGCCACAUGAUAUGCACCGAGUCCCGCAUGUCCAAACAUGUUCGUGAUCCGGUGGACUGCGCCGUGCGUAUCAUCGGGUCGUGUGGUACCUCAAAUGCAACCAAGAAGAAUGGCACGAUAAAAUUUGGAAUUCUGAAUGUCAAGAACACGGUGGUACCGGUAGCGGUGGAAGUUCUGUUGGUUCGCAACCUAGGAGCUAACAUCUUGUCGGUUGGAGCUUUGGCCGAGAAGGGGGUGAUGUGUGAUCUAUUGUCGACCCCGCCGGCGCUUCGCCAUGGCAACCAUGUUUUCCCCAUCUCGACGGCGGUGCGGCGGAUGUACGUCGUGAACGUCAUCAUCGACGACGUCAAUCUUGACGCCGCCGAGGAAUACCACACCACGGUCGACGCUGAUAUGUGGCAUCGUAGAAGGGGUCAUUGCCACCCACGUGCUCUGCAGCAGCUGGCGGACAAAGCGACAACCGGAGUGAACUUCAACCGGAACAUCGAACCAGCGAUGACUCCCACCACCAUCUAUCCGCCGAACACGGUGGACACUAACAAAGAAGAAGAAGAAGAAGAGGACGAAGAACACGAACAAGAACAAGAACAGGAAGAAGUAACGCCAACGCCAUCGGGGCCCCAACUGGAGGAUUCGAAUCGGAGCGGCAGGGUCUCCAACCCGCCGGAGAGGAUGAAUCUGCAUACGACGGAGGAGGCGUACGAGCGGACCGAGCAUGCCCUGUUGACGGGUAGUGUGCUCGGAAACAUCAGGACUGGUCGCCCCGACCCGUGCCUUUACUCACUGCAAGACGGAGAAGUACUUCUGCUUGUAUACGUGGACGGCAUCCUUUUCACCGGCACCAACGAAGAUCUGGUGACGACGAUAAUUUCGCAGCUGAAGGAAAGGUCCGAAACGGUGGAUCUGGGGGAUGCGAAGUUCCUUCUGAGAAUGGCCAUUCGGCGCCAUCUCAACGCCGGAACACUUCUCCUGACGCAAGAGGCGUACACCAAGGCCGUGCUGGCUAAGUUCAACAUGGCUGACGCACACCCGACGAAGACGCCGGCUGAGGUUGGGCCGAUCCCUACGGCGGAGGAUGAAGUGCUGUCGCCAGAGGACACCAAGAACUUCCGGUCGGCUACGGUUUGGAACAUGGCGAAACCGGGACCGAAGGUGAUGGCCAAGCUGAAGCGGCUGCUUUGGUACCUAAAGGGGACCACCUCCAUCGGAAUCACGUACAGCGAGGAUGCCGAGAAUGGAGACAAACUAACGGCGUACGCUCACUCGGACUUCGGAGGUGACCUGGACGACCGGAAGUCCACUACGGUGAUCGUUCUAUUCCUAUCCGGUGGACCGGUGGACUGGAGGGCAGCUAAACAACCGCUGGUGGCCGUCCAAUCGGUGGAGGCGGAGUCGCGGACCCAGGAUGGAGUCGGAAAGGUCGAGAAGAUCGAGUCAGCAAUGCAGAAAGCUGACAUGUUUACCAAGAGUUCGGGUGCUGUGAAGUUCAUCAAGAAUCGCAUGAUGCUCCUAGGAGAAUGAUUUGUGUUGGAAACGAAGCUCAGGAGGUGUGUGUUGGUCAAUGUUGAUAGAGGAGCGCGAUGCGAGGCAAGAAGCAAGCGCGCUACGGCUGUUCGAUAGAGAGGCAGGCAGAAACUGGGGCGAUCGGUCGCACUAUCCCUUGCAACUGAGCGUUGUCAUACACCGAAAAUCAAGCGGUUACAGCCAUCGAAUACCACUCUCGACGGAUAGAUCCAAAAGACUUCUCAAUUGUACACCGGACGCAAUUCCGUGCUGUCCAUGAUAUGCUGCAACAAACAUACAACAUACGCUAGAAGACAAGUUGGAACUUACGACAUGAUGAUGAUAAGGCUUCCGAGGCCAGGUUCUACCGCACCGCCGACAUCGAUCGCUACCAUGCGUUUCACGAGCUCGGGUCGUUUCUUUUCCACCAGGAAGGAGAACGUGCUUGGAGGUAUGGACGUAUCAUGGAUGCCAACACAGCUUUUCAAAAAUUAAAUCCCUCCCUCACUAUCCGAAGACAGCUGACAGUGCCGUGUGGACUACACACGUGUUGGAAGCAACACCGUACGGAUUUAAUAUCUCCAAGGCUCGUACAAGCUACCAGGUAUUGAUGUCAAUCAAUGAUGUGUCAAAGCUUAUUCUUGUUAAGUAUCAAGAAUUUGUACUUUGUGCGGGUUCUGGUUCGCGUAACCAUACCGCUGGGUGUAAGCAAUCGUGUUGCUUAUUGAGUACGAUAGGCAUACGGUGUUCGACAGUCUUAAGACUGUUUCCGUGACUCAUGAUUAGUGUCAUCGAGUUGCGACCCUCAAUUCCACUUGAGACCGGUUAACUUGACAUUUCCUCGCCAGCAUUUGACCCAACCAAAUGCUGGAUAGCAACCUUAUUGUUUGGGUGCUAUUCCUUUCACCGUUUAGAUACUUUGGAAAUGUAUCUUUUGUUUGCCUUCGGACUUCGUUUACUUUUCCGCUGAGUACGUUUUUUAUUCACGCAUUUUGCUGGCUUGGGACACAACGUGUCUGGCCUUGCUUUGUGCUUUGCGCGUUUGUUCGUACUCGGAUCCCUACCUUCGUCGCGUUUUCGUUUCGCUUUUUUCUGCGGUACUUCGGACGAUUUCUUGGCGGGCGCGAUGUCCAGAUCAUGUUUUGAUCGGUAUGCGGAAAUCAUUUCGUGGCAUUGCGGCACUUCGUCGGCACGAUACAUCAGAUCUGAUUCAGGACCGUAUCCUUUCAGUCUUAGACGAUAUCGAUAGUUGUGCGGACCUUUUCGGCCUUGACCGCUUCGAUGCCCUACCACUUUCAACACGACGUAUCUUUCAAUUUUCGGUUGAUUUUCGUCGUUUGCUGUCAGGGCAGGUGGUCCAUCAUGGAAAGCACGUAUUUGCAUCUCACUCCGACUGCUGACAUUGAGAGUGAUUUGUACUCGACUAGGUCGACUGAUACUCUUUCAAACGGCCGCUGUACAGGUGUCCUGGCAGAUACGACUUAAACAGUAAUCCGUCUUGUAUGGAAUAGUACGACAUUGAUGUUGCCGUUUCGUUGUCUGGUAGCGGUGCUUUGGCGUCUAAAAUGUAUUGGACAUAUUCGCCGUAUUCUUCGGCUUGUUUCUCGCGCAAUUUCUCAUGCUUUACAGAUUCAAAUACUUCCGUGGCGCUGACGAAAUUUGAAUUGACUGUGAAUAAUUCCCUAUCACUAAGGACUGGUUGCACAUCAUCCAAUUUGUCAGUCGAGACUUGGUAUGGUCUGUUUGGCAUGUGUUGUUGCAGCUUUGGGUCGUCCGGUACAUUUCGGCAAAUCGGUGCAAGGUUCGGCGCAGUUCGUUCUUGUUCAUUAUCGAACACGAAAAGUCGCGAUAACGUAUCCGGCACUACAUGCAACUUUCCCGGUUUGUGUUUUACCGUGAAAUCGAAGGAUUGCAGUGCUAUUGCCCAUCUAGUGAGCAUAUUUGACGUGUCUUGCAUCGUAUAAAGAUAUCGCAAUGCCGCAUGAUCAGUUACGCACGUAAAAUGUCUACCCCAUAAAUAAGGACGCCAGUGUUGAAUUGCUAGAACAACAGCAUAGCAUUCUUUCAUGGUGGCAGAGUAGUGUUGUUGGCUUUUGUUGAAUCGCUGGCUAAAGUAUGCUACGAUAUUCACGUCAUCGCCAUUCUGUUGUGCCAGGAAUGCUCCUGCUCCCACUUCAGAUGCGUCUACGUGGAUAACAAACUCUUUAGAAAAGUCCGGAAAAUGCAAAACAGGAGCGUUGGUGAGUAAUCGUUUCACU